AUGGCGCAGGCCAGAAGUCUGUUUAAUAUUUUCAAUAAGUACAAGCCCAGGUUGCCACCUGUGUAUUUUGAGGAGAAGCUCCUGGAAUUUGGUGAUUUUCUCUAUAAAUUGCAGAUGUAUGACCUGGCAAUAUGGCAAACCUACGAACGUUACCUACAGAAAUUUGGUUCCUUCAACUUAGAUGAGAUUACUGAUGUGAACUGCUUCAGAAGUGUGUUCUUCCCUGAAGGACUGGAGGUGAAAACUGCAGCUCUCACGUUUCGUGCUCUACAUGGCAGCAGCAUCUGUACCUACCACUUGCUAAAGGAGAGUGACAGUAUUCUGCAGAAUGAACAGUCGAUCAACAAGGUCAUCAGCAUCUUGACUUUCCUCAGGGUGACUACUGAGGCCUUGCUGCCUAUUGAGAAGCUCUGCUGGCUGCUAUACAAUGGUACACUUCACAUCUACGUGAUCUCCAGGCACCUAAUGGCUGUGGGCUACUCUGCUAAGGCCUUGGACUUCCUUCUGUGGGCCAGCAUGUGCACAGAGACCUCUGUACCACUGCUGUCUGUUGGCUAUCUGCCCUGGAGGGCACUUCUCUACACAGCAGUUUGUCAGUGCUACUAUGACUGUCAGGCUGACCUGCAGGCUGAGGUCUUUGCCCGGAGAGCUUUGGGAAAGAUCAGUGAGCUGAGUGAGUUACAUGGGCAGAGCGCCUCCCAACCAAAUCCUAAGGAAGAGAAGAUAUUUCGAGAAGCCACUAUCAAGAUGGCAGUAAUGGUCUUCAAGCGGGCUGUCUGUGAGAGCAGAAGGAAACCUAAAGGUCUAUUUCGACCGAGGCAGAGAAGUGUCAUUAAGGACAUGUUUGUGAUACCUUGGCCACGCACUAGCACUGAGCGCCUUUUGGUGGAGAUGUUUGAGGGGAGUGCUGCCCAGUUCUUGGCUGUGAUAGAAGCUCUUUGGGACAGUUCCCGCAGAGUUUUGCAGACUGGGACACAUGAGGAACAAGAGGUCAUGGAGGUCACUCAAGAACUAUUGUGGGCUGGAACUGCUAUUCUUGCAGGUGGAGGUGGUUCAGGUGAUCGUGUGGGACAACUCAUGAACUUCUCACAACCCAUUGGGGGAGUCACAGAUUCAAAAUCCUUGCUACAGUUAGCUGUGUCUGGUGAGAAUGGGGUAUCAGCAGAGGCUGCUGCAAAGCUGGUUAAACUAACUUUCCUCUAUGAACAGUGGGAUACAUUUGAAUCACUUUCCAGCCCAAUGAUCAGCCUGCUGACGAGCUUCAAAGAUCCAGUGGCACAGAAGGAAAGACAGGACCUGACUCUUCUUCUUGCCGUGAUGCCACUUCUAUCAAGCCAGAAGCAUUUCCGAGGAGCGCCAUCACAAGACAAAGACAGGACUGGAGGCCAAAACUACAGAUCAGAUGAUCUUCUCCACUUGGCAGAGACUCUGUACUCUGUAAUAUAUGCACCAGUGCCGGGUGUAAAGCCAGAUCAAGAUAUUGUUGUGGAUAUUGUAAUGCUGCUGUGGCAGAAAUGCAAAACUGUGUUUCAGCGCAUGCAGUCAGGGGCAGCUGAUUCAAACUGGCACCUUGUGAAAAUGGAACACUACUGCAAGUGGGUGCAGAUUCUGUGGUUGAUCAAUGAAGUGGUAAGCCGUGGUGCCAUCGAGGAAAUUGAUCCCAUCAUUGUGGCAGAAUCUGCCUUGCGGCUGGUGAUGGAGCUGGAGAACAGUGCUGACAAUGGGGAGAAUCCUACAGUAGGAAGAGAAGAUGUUCUGCAGAAUGACACCCCAGAUGAAGAGAAUACCACUAGCUCUGAGACUUCCUACAUACUAAAGAAACCUCUAACAGAGAAGCUUUCAGCUGCAUAUGAAAUUCUGGAGCGGGCUGUGGACAACAUUGUGAAAUUCCGAGAGACAGCAACUUUGCCCAAUGCCACUGCAAUUGCUGACACCUUCCGAAUGAAGAUCCUUUGUCAGACUGAAGAGGAGAAAUCUACCUGUGUUCCAACAUCCUUCCAAAACCUCAUCAUGGACUUGCACCUAGAACUGCUCUAUGUCCAGUACCGGGUGGCUGUCAAGUUGCUCCUUCUGACAGGAGAAGGGCCAGUGGUGGAAUGUAAGAACGAACAUGUGCCGAAAUUCUCUGCCUGGACAGAGUCCCAAAAAUCUAACAGUAUACUUACAGAAUCUGACCUUCUGGAGAAACUGAAAAAAAACAAGAUUUGCAAGGCCUUGUUCUUAAUGCAAAAAGCAGCUCUGUCAGCAAAGCAAAUGAAAGGCAGUGCUGUUCAAAGUGAACUUAUUGAGGAGGCACAGGAUUUAAUUCAGAAAGCAGAAAAUGAAAACAAGAAGUUAUUUCAACUCAACGUUCCUAUAAAUUCAGGGAAUCAACCUAAAAGUGAAGUUCCUCCUGCCCCUCUCCUUGUAGCUAGAGGCAGAUCCUCUGUCAUUUUUAAACCUGCUCCUUUCAGCCCGGCAGAACCAGUGUCCUUUUAUCGUAUUUUUGCUCGCCCUGUGAUUGGAGUUAAUAUAAAACUGAGGCUGAGCGACUGUAGCUUUCCUGGCACUGGAGAAGAGGUUCCAGUUUCUGGAAAGUGCUGGAUGAGAGUGGAAGGUCUUCAGUCCAAUGAAAUGUACAUGUUUGCUGUGGCUGCCUACAAUGCAGAUGGGAGGAUAAUUGGUGGCAGCAUUGGAGAAGCAACAAAGCCUGUGCUUAUAACCCAGUCUCUCCCACUGCUCAAUGCAUGGGCUUAUCUGGCACAGGCAGCGCACCAGACAGGUCAUUUCAAAGUGGCCAAGAAGGCCUUUCAGGUGCUGUGGGAUUAUUUUGUAAUUUCUCCAACACCAAAUGUUAGUAUCAGUGAGGAGCCAUCUACUUACAUCGAGAGAUUAAAGCCAAGCUUGUCUACAGAUGUCCUUUCCCAGUCAUCUCCACUCCUCCUCUACCUCUUCUGGUACACCAUAUUUAUUGGAAGUGACAUUAAGGUCCAUGAGGAAGUGCUCUACUGUGACUCAGUCUCUGACAAUGGUCCACUUAUCUGGGGACAGGUCGCCCGUUUUGCAGAAUGUGAGAAAAUGCUAGUAGCUCUGGAUCUUGGGCUAUGGCUGAAUGACAGGAAUUGCUGCCUUCAAUCAGUUGUUCAGUGCUAUGGGUUGCUAGCCCCUCUACUAUUCCAUAAGAUUCCUUCCAUCUCUGUUGUACAGAUCUUGGUGAAAUGCCUCACAGUUCUGCAAGAAAUCCCUGCUGCUUACAGACAGAAGCGACCAAUCCUGGGUACAGAAAACCUUCAGCACAUGGUGGCAUGCAUGACACUCUACACUGCUAAGGUUCUGAAAAUCUUCCAGGAAUUCAAGUUGGGUUUAGCCUCCAUUGAGUUGGGAAAGUCUCUGCUUCAAGAGCAGGUAGAUGGGCCUCCUGGAGCAACCAUCCCUGGCCAAAUGCAACCAUAUGAAAUUGAUAUACCAGGCAAACAGCCAGAGGCAGACAGGAAGGGGUCUGGCAUCAAGAAGCCAGCUGGUAAAGCGGCUCCUAUCAGCUCAGAGGAGAUGCUCAAUGAACUUCUUCGAGCUUUGGAGGCCAAUGUGUCAAAGGAUACAAAGACAGUAAGCAAAGAACUGACAGGCCAGGAAGACCCCUCCAUUCUUUAUUCUCUUAUUUAUUCAUUGCCUCCGAAAGCUGCAUAUAAAGAAGUGUCAAAAUUUAAAAAGAAAGCCCGCUAUCUUGAGUUUAUGACUGUGCUCCUGCAGAAGACAUUCAGUGAUGACCAGAUGGAUCUGGUGCUCACCUGGGGACAGGAGAUUCUCCUCAUGCUUAGCAGGAGGGAUAAAGUUCUUACUCAGAGUGGAAGAGAGGAUGAAGAUGAGAGGGGAGGUAGAGCCACCAAGAAGAAGACGAAGUACACAGCUGAAGUGACUGAGUAUCAGAAGAAAGGAAAGGCGCCACCAAGGAGUGCUACUCCUGCCGGAAAAAAGCAGCCUCAAGCUGACAAGAAACCGCCUCAGGCCGAUAAGAAAAAGCCUACGCCCGAUAAGAAGGGUCCAGCUGAAAAGUCAAAUCCUCAAGCUGAGAAAAAGAAGGCUCAGGGAAAGAAAAUGGACAAACAAAAAAGUGACAAGAAGGCAAUGGAAAUUUUGUUCACCCACCUAACACCCCUGGCAAGGCUUUGGAAGAAGAGAAGACAGCUUAGAUUCCUGAGUGCAGGAGAGCGUCCCUGGCGCUGUCAAAUCAAUUCUGUGUUGGGAAUGGCAUACUUUACCCUCUUCAGCAGGACCUUGGAGCAGCAUUGGGAUGUAUGCAGUGACAGGUAUAACAUGUUGGACCCUCGGCUCUUCUUUCUCUAUAACAGUGGUACAGUAAUGGAGCAAAAGGUGGUGAUUAGUGAAUCUUUAACUUCAGACACCUCAUCCAGUAUGAAGUCAUCAGGAGAUCGACCUGAGAUGAAAGUCAAGAAAAGAAAUGUGACAUCAUCAUCAGUUACCCAGGUUAAACAGAUUGAAUUGGAAAAGUUUGUAGACACGCCAAGAACCCAGCUGACUAAUGAGCCUGAACCUGCUUCUCAUCAGUCCACCCAAAAGCCUUUGGAUAAGGUCAACAACUAUGAAAUAUUGCUGGAGCUUCUUGAAAAAUCUGUAUUAUAUUUCAGAAAGGCAGUGACAUUGGCCCAUCGCGGAGAACACUGGCUGUGUCUGCAGAGUGUGUGCCAUGCUUUUUGGGAGCGGUACUGCCUAGCUGGGAUGUUUUUAGAAAAAGUCAACUAUUCAGACAUGUUUCCUGUAAUGACACUGGAACAUCUCAAUACUCUUAUGGGUCCAACCCUCUUCCAGGCAGCUGAGUGUUUAUUGGAUAUGAUUGUUUGUCUCCAAGAAAAUAAUGCUUUGCAGGUUAUAGAGCCCCCUGGAGAUUACAUUGUGGCUAGCUGCGUUGGCAGCAUUUUGAAUGAGGAGGGAGGUUCCAGUUUACACUUUGAUCCUCAUCUGGACAAUGUCAAUAUGGUGGACCUGAGAUGGGUCUUCACUCUGGUACUCCGAUGUCUAGAGAUACUGCAUCAUCAGAGCAAGUGGGAGCGACUGGUGCAUCUUGCAAUUUAUUUCAACAGUGUCACACAUGACCGGUACACAGAACAGGUGACACCUUUGCUAAUCCAUGCACAGAGAAGGCUGCUUGAAAGGAUUGCUGCAAUGAAUGGACCUGAACCUCCACAACCACAGCUUCUCAAAACAGAAGGAGGCCCUGAAGAACAAAUCACCUGUAGAAGUCUAAUGGGAACACAACUUAGAGUCAGAUCAGCCAUGGAAAAUGUCAUUGAUCCACUAACUGGAGUUAGCCCUGCUGUCCAAAUCACAUAUGAUGAUGGCCAAAGAGCAAGAUCCCUGUCCUCAGUACCCCUGGAUGUGAUGGACAGUCUCAACUGCUUCCGUGAGUCUAUGGGAAAGGCACAGUACUACAGUCGAUCACUAAGGCACAGCCGCAAACUGCAGCUGCUCUUCCUGUCCCACUUUCAACAAGGAUGGGAGUCUCCCAGAAAUCGCAGCACGGAUUCAAAUUUGGCCAGAGUGGAAUUCAGAGGAGUUGCGUCCUACUCUCCAACUGCCUUCCCCACUGAUUUUGCCAUGGAAGACUUCAAUUGCUCUGCAGCCUUCGUCAGCCACUCAAUCACUCCCACCCUGUUGCCAGUCGUCAUCUCCUCCUAUAACAAUACAAUUGAGCUACUUGAAGCCAACAAAUUGGACUCUUUGAAGGCCCAAGCACUGCAUGAACUGGGAGACCUAUAUAUGUACAAAGGAAGCAAAAAGGCUGCUCUAAACUGCUGGCGCCAGGCUCUGGACACAGUCAUGAAUCAGCCUGAUUUCCUUAAGUCAUGGGAGGAGAAGGCAGAUAACUCAGACCACAGUGAGAGAUUUCUGCAUCAGGCUGGCAUCUGGGGUUGCCUGCAAGGGGCACUUCUGACAGCAAAAAUUGCCCAAUACAUUGUGACUUCCAAUGUGAGCUUUCAAGUAGAUUGCUGUAUUUUGUCAUCUAUGCUCUUCAAGGCCCUUCUGAGAAGUUCAAUCCCCCACCCUAGGCCUGACUGGGCCUAUUCUUACUACAUGGUGGGUUAUGGUUGGGAUGUGCUGGAAUUGAUCCCAGGAGUGGACUUGUUCUCCGACCCAUACAGAACAGAUAUUCGACGCACUGUGGGAUGCCUUUCCUUUGUGAUACAUCGGCUUCAUUCUGCUGGAUACAACCUAAUGGUUUUGCCUUUGUUGGUAAUUCAGCACUAUUUUGUGACUUCAGUGUGCCGUGAUCCCCAGAAAAAUGUGGAGAACAGGCUGUUGAAGGUUCAGGUUCUUACAGAGCUGCAGUUCUAUUCGGAAGCAGCAAAAGAAUUCUUAGGGGUGCUAAACGGAGAUAUGGUUCCACAACUCUGUGGAGGAUUCUAUGCCAUUAGAUGUUCAUCAGCUAAGAAGACAUUGGAUACUGGUUGUUCUCUUCUUGAUCCUGAAAACCUGCAGGCUCUUGAUGAUCUAAUGGAAAAACAAGCCUAUCCAGAGACAGCUCUUGUUUAUGGUCCUAGACUCAUGCAACAGUUGGUCAUAACCAAGACAAAGCUGCUAGUCUCACUGGCUGCAACAAUCAACAUGAUCCCUGAUGUCUCAUUGCCAGUUCAUUCAGAAGAGGACCAAAAGCCUCCCUCUUCUCCAACCUCCCCAAAAACACUACCAGCUGAACAAGAAGAACCCAGGAGUAUUCCUUUGGUAGGACGACUACAGGAAAUCAUCCCACAGAUGGACCCUAAAAAGGAUGGAAAUGCUCUGGUGAAAGUGAAGGGCAUUCUGUUGAUGGAGUCUGCCCACGCACUGACCCUACUUCUAGAAAGCCUGUAUACUGAAGAGGGCGUCGGCCUCUCCCAGCUCCCUGCAGCUGAACUAGAGAAUCUUGUGAUGGCACUACUUCAGCUUUCUGCUAUCCAACUGCAGCAAGGCAAGGCAGCCUUAAGUGCUGCAACUGCCCUUUCUGCAAUACGCCUUCUGCAGAGUUCCUCUGUUUUUGAAACUGACAAUUCUCCAUCCCCAAAGAUCAUUACCUCAGCUCUGAAGACAUCAGACAGCAAGAAGGAACAGGAAGACUGUGAUGACAAUAUCUUACCCAGCAAGCUGCCUCAUAAUGUGGAGGCACAGGAAAGACUGGAUAUAUCUAUGUGGCUUCGGGCACGUCUAUCAUUGAUUCAAGCCCUGAUAGUACACACUCCAGGGGUGCAAGUUCAGCCAGGCAAGCAGAAUCCUGCUGAUUGCGCUCAGCUGCUUAAAGAAGGCAUAGCAGAAGCUAAGGCCAGUGGGCAUGUAGAGCUACAAGCUGAGCUGCUUCUCCACAAUGUGCAGCUUAACCUGCUAGAGGGCCAUUCAAUGGAGGAUGUUAGUCCAUUACUUCAGGAGGCUGUUUCUCUUCUAUCAAGCAGACGGUGGCUAUCCUCUCAGUCUUCACUGAGUCUUGCCAAGGCCAGCCUACAACUGAGUGACUUCAAGAAAACAAAGUCCCAGAGUGCAAACUGCGGUACCACUGGCCUCAAGCAUGGCCUGUAUGCCAUCACACAGAGCCUUCUCCAGCAACAGCUCUUAUCACUGGGAGAGAACAUGGACAUCAGGGAAGGAGGCAUAGUGUUUUAUAAUCAAUCGCCCAGCUUGAAGAACAUCUUCUUUCAUCACAUACCGCUGCUGGCCAAAGCUACCCUCAGACUAGGUCAUGCAUUGUUGCCAAAAGCUACAAACUUUUCCAUUCAAGACAAGUUGCCUGUGUGGAGACAAGCCCAGCAGUUACUGACAUCUGCUUUGGAACUCUGUCGAACAGGAGUGAUUAGAGAAAUAGAUGUGGAGGGAGAAAUCCUCUUUUUUAAAGGAGUUCUUGAACGCACCCUCACUUGUGUCGGUGAAUUUAAAUCCCUGGCAGCCCUUGAGACUCUUUUGGAAGCCAUUGAUGUUAACAAAACACAUAACCAAAACCUCCUAAUGAUCAGGGAGAGUUACUUAGAGAUUGCCUUACUUUUUCUCCAUGAGGAUGAUGAGCAGACAUUAACUCCUGGGAACAAAGGUAAAUCAAAGACUCCACAAAAUAUGCUACUUGCCUGGUUUGCUGUCCGAGCUGCUACACAGGCAAGUGAUGCCAGUAUCCAGUGUGCACUGCUGACUGGAGUACAGAAUGAACAGGAUGCUCCCUUUGAGCCACCACCCAUGAAGAGUCUGCCUGAUUUUGUGGUCAGUGACUUGCUGGAUUCGUACCAUGCUUAUUUGUCAGAGGAGAAUCAAGUGUCACUGAGUUUCCUGCUUGGUUCUCGUGUUGGGCCUCCAGAACUUGAAACACAAGAUAAAGAGACAGAAGAAACUAAGCCAGCUGCAGAACUGACGUGGAUUCAACUUAUUCGAUAUUAUAAGCAUCUUCUUAAAAUGUAUAAAAGCUACAACUUCUCAGACCCCUCUUGUAAGGAUCGGGUGCGCACUUCCAUGUUGGAUAUAGGCCUGGCCCUGAAGAUCUCCCAUUUGCACCAAUUCCUUACUGAAAACCUGCCAUUGUAUGCAUCAGGAUGCUGUGCUGAGGAUGCCCCGCAGGAGCUACAACAGGCACUCUCCCAGGCCAGCAUCUUCCGCACCAAUGAAAUUAAGCCUAAUCCUGUAGUAAGAAGAACAAUGCUACAAGUGGCAGAGAAAGAGGUCAAAAGUGAAAAACCAAUAAAUGAUCCCAAAACAGGCAGCUUGGUGAGCCAUGAACUAUGUAUACAGUGGUACAGCCCAUCCGUGGAGAAUGCUGCUACAAUGGACAUGAUUGUGAUGCUAUAUGCAUUUAACAGCAGUCCAUCCUCAAGUGGUAUGCUCUCCAUAAGCAACUCCAAUAUCAGAUGUGGGAAAAAGUGGAUACCUUUGGCAAGACUGCAGGCUCUUCACAAAAGUCUGCAUACAGUGUGGAGAAAAGCAGAAGUCUUUUUGCGGCCUAGCACCACACCACCUAAGUCUGGAGUGAGAAUGAGCCCCAAGAAAUCACAACCGUCUACCAUACGGGAUCCUAUGAUACAGGACCAAGUGAAGCAGUGUUGUGCUGAGAUGAAGGCCCUGCUCUUGGGGUUGCCAAAAUCAUCUGAGUUUACAAAGAUCCCAUUUGAGCUGACCCUGCAGACACUCUGUGAUCUGGAGAUGUGCUUCAAUCCAGCAGGUGGCUGUUUCCUCAAGGGAGGAUGCGUGGACUGGAUAUUGUCUCUGCUCAGCUGAGCCUCCUGAUGCAUUAGUUAUGUUUUGUGAAUAUUUUCUAUUUAUUUUAAGCUUUUUACCUGUACUACACGAAAUACACUGUCUAAAUAUCUAAUGAAAAUAAAGGGCAGAUGUGGAAACACAUUUACUGACUCCUUUAAUCUGUCUCACUGAGACGAUGAGUGGCUUUCCAGUAAACUAAAAUUUUGGAAAGAAUCUACUGGUGGUAGGAUU